AUGUCAUCCGUCGAAUCUCUGACCAAAGCCUUUGAACAGUCGCUGUCGCUGAAAGACAAGCCCGAGACCCUGGUUGCUCCUCUCGCUACGCUCGAGUCGGGCGUCGACUGUGACGAGAAAAAGGAAAACUCCUGCGAAGCAGGAGCAACCAGGGUCUGGGGCGGAGCCCCAGCCGCCGGAGGCACAUCCACCCCCACCUCCAGAACUAACCGUGACCAGGCCAAUGCCGCUCUUGUGAAGCUGGCACCCGCUGAUUUGACCGAGAUUCAGUCUGCUGAGCUUAAUCAGUGGUUGACUGUUUCGGGCAGAUUUCCUGAGGGAAUUGAACAGUUGAACGAGACUUUGAAGACUAGAACUUAUAUUUUGGAGACUCAUGAGGCCACAGUGGCAGAUGCGGUUGUUUUGUCGCGAAUCGCCGGCACCGUUAAGUCGUGGUCGAAUGAUGAGGUCAAGCUGAAUAGACACAUUGUCCGUUGGUUGGAUCUGGUUCAGAAUGUCAUUGGUAUCAAGGAUGAAGAUAAGGUCACUGUCAACAAGGAUCUUGAAGCUCCUCGUGAAAUCAAGGUCAAACCCAAGAAGGACGACAAGGCCGGUGACAAGGCUGGUGACAAGGCUUCUAAGAAGGAUAAGAAGGCCAAGAAGGGCGCUGAAGGUGCUGUUCCUGCUGCUGAAGGUGCUGCUGCUGCUGCCUCUGCCGCUGGUGCUACCACUGCUGGUGCCGUUGCUAGUGCUGAAGGUGAAGCCAAGGGCGAUGCUGCUGGCGCUGGCGACGAUAAGAAGAAGCAGGGUGUGAAGAAGGAGAAGAAGAAGAAGCCCCAGCCCGUCAAGGAAGAGCUUGUGAUUUCUCCUGGACUCAUUGACCUUCGUGUCGGAUACAUUGAGAAGGCUAUUAAGCACCCCGACGCUGAUUCUCUCUACGUUUCGACCAUUCAAAUGGGCGAUGCCGACGGUCCUCGUACCGUGUGCAGUGGUCUUGUCAAGUAUUUCCCCUUGGAAGCCAUGCAAGGAAGAUAUGUGGUAGUUGUGGCCAAUCUCAAGCCUGUUAACAUGAGAGGAAUCAAGUCGUCGGCCAUGGUUUUGUGUGCAUCCAACGACGAUACCGUCGAGUUUGUCAACCCACCCGAGGGAUCCAAACCCGGCGACAAAAUCUUCUUCGAGACCUAUGACUUGACUCCCGAACCCGUUCUUAACCCUAAAAAGAAGAUCUGGGAGACCGUUCAGCCGGGUUUCUCCACCAAUGCCGCACUGGAAGUGACCUACCGCAAGGACGAGUCCGAGCCCGAACGCAAGCUCGUCAACAAAGCCGGCCUCCUUUGCAAAGUCAACAGCCUCGUGUCUGCUGUUGUUAGAUAA